AUGGACGCACUCUUCGAGCAACUCUCUGCCGUCGCGGACAUGGCUCUCCACGGCCGGGGCUUCGACCCGGCGCGGCUUGCCGGCGUCCUCGCGCUCUUCGAGGGCGAGGCGCACGCCUCGUGGGCGGCAGCCGAGACGGAGCACGAGGCGGUGGCCCGGGGCACCGAGGCGGCCGUGGAGACCGCUCAGGGCCACCUGAACGCCGUCAUGGGCGCGGCCGUCGGCAAGUACCGCGGCUCGUCCGGCGAGGCCGACGCGCUGUCCGCGGCCAUGGCGGCCAUGGAUAUGGCCUUCGAGGCGACGUCCGGGACACGCCCCUCGUGA